AUGUCUCUUGCAGAUCCCAGUGAUAGCGUGUACAGAAUGAGGCUGCUGUGGAAAUCCCUGGACAAGAUGAGGUGUCUGAGGAAACGUUCCACGAUCCCCUUUCUCGGCUUUCUCAUCACCUUCCUCCUUUUCUUGAACCUCUACAUUGAAGACGGCUACGUUCUGGAUGAUAAAAGGCAGCUCAGGGAAGCCUCAGUCCAUCCUCCAAGCUCAGAGCGAUACGUUCACACCUUCAGAGACCUCAGUAAUUUCUCUGGAAACAUUAAUGUUACAUACCGCUAUCUCGCUGGAACCCCACUGAACCGCAAAAAAUAUCUCACCAUUGGAUUGUCAUCAGUCAAAAGGAAAAGAGGAAACUACCUGCUGGAGACCAUCAAAUCCAUCUUCGAUCAGUCCAGUUACGAGGAACUGAAGGAGAUCGUGGUCGUGGUCCAUCUGGCAGACUUUGACCUGGCCUGGUGUGAGAACCUGGUCCAGGAAAUAACACGAAAGUUUGCUCAUCACAUCAUAGCCGGGCGCCUCCUGGUCAUCCAGGCCCCGGAGGAGUAUUACCCCUCUCUGGACGGGUUGAAAAGAAACUAUAACGACCCGGAGGACCGAGUCCGAUUCCGCUCUAAGCAGAACGUGGACUAUGCUUUCCUCCUGAACUUCUGCACAAACCUGUCUCACUUCUACAUGAUGCUGGAGGAUGACGUGCGCUGCUCCAGGAACUUCCUGACUGCUCUGAAGAAGGUCAUCACAUCCAGGGAAGGUUCCUACUGGGUGAUGCUGGAGUUCUCCAAGCUGGGCUACAUUGGGAAGCUGUACCACUCCAGAGACCUGCCCCGUCUGGCUCACUUCCUCCUCAUGUUCUACCAGGAAAUGCCCUGUGACUGGCUCCUCAUCCACUUCAGGGGUCUGCUGGCCCAGAAAGACGUGAUCCGCUUCAAACCCUCACUGUUCCAGCACAUGGGCUACUACUCCUCCUACAAAGGAGCAGAGAACAAACUGAAGGAUGACGAUUUCGAGGAAGACUCCAUAGACAUUCCUGACAACCCUCCUGCCAGCCUCUACACGAACAUCAACGUCUUUGAAAACUAUGACGCCACCAAGGCUUACAGCACGGUGGACGAAUACUUCUGGGGGAAACCCCCCACGACGGGAGAUUUCUUUGUGAUAGUCUUCAACAAAUCCACCAAAAUGAGCAAAAUUAAGAUCGCUACGGGGUCUGAUGACCGGCAGAAUGACUACCUUCACCAUGGCGCUCUGGAAGUAGGGGAGAAACUAGUUGGGACUAAGAAAGGGAAACAGUGUUCCUCUUACAUCACGUUAGGGGAGUUUAAAAAUGGCAACAUUGAGGUUCAAGACAUUGACCACAAAAUUGCCUUUGACAUUGAGUGCAUACGCAUUGUUGUGACUGCCAGUCAGAAAGAAUGGCUCAUUAUUAGAAGCAUAAGUUUAUGGACUACACAACCGCCUAGCCAAUGA